CUUCCGCGAAAACGGCGAGGAACCUUGGAAAUCACCACCACAUCCUUUUCUACCUCUUUCCACUCUCCCUGCCGCAGAACAAUGUGUCACAAUCCCAGUCACCUGUCGACCAUGUACUUUUCGCGAACAAAAGUCAGGUAGCUCCCGACAUGAACCACUGAUUCAUUAUCCAAAUUAUGUGUGGCCUACUCAGUUGAAGCAUGGGUCGAAUAAUCCUCCUACGGAUCUUCCAGUUGUUAGUCGUCAUUCAUCUGUCAACGGGUCUCCACCGAAACCUGAAAUACUACGAGACCCUGCACGCCUCGCACCUCCACCACAUGAUCGUGAAGCGUGGCGCCCAGCCCAGCAGUCACCCCUACAACAAGAUCAACGAGGUUGAGUUUUACGCUCACGGCCGCCACUUCCGCCUCAUCCUGACCCCCCGACGGGAGGUCAUCCACUCGAACUUCAAAGCGUACGAGGUGUCGGCCGACGGCGAGGAGAGGACAGUCCACCUGGACCACGACAGCUUCUACCACGGACGAGUCUUCGGGGAAUUGGACUCGCACGCCCAACUGCACAUCGACGACGGAGUCAUGACCGGUAGCAUCACCAUCGACGACCAGACGUACCACAUCGAGCCGUCCUGGAGGCACUUGCCCCACCUGGACAACAGCAGCAUGAUAAUGUACAAAGCUUCAGACGUCAAACUGAGCUGGGAGCACGUGAACGAGGAUGGGGAGGGGCACACCCACGGAGUGCCAAAGACUUGUGGCUACGUGCAAGAGGGCGACGACGACGAUGACGAGGACGACGAGGAGGUGUUCCCGAAUCGAACCCUUUCGAGGCGAAAACGCCAGGCUGAGGCGUACGAGUACACCCCGACGAAGACCCGGUGUCCUCUGCUGCUCGUGGCGGACUACAGGUUCUACCAGGAGAUGGGGGCCAGCAGCACCAAGACGACGAUCAACUAUCUGAUAAGCCUCAUAGAUCGGGUCCACAAGAUCUACAAUGACACCCUUUGGCAGGAUCGUAUGGAGCAGGAUGGCUUCAAGGGAAUGGGCUUCGUCAUCAAGAAGAUUGUGGUGCACAGUGAACCCACCAGGGUUCGAGGAGGGGAUACUCAUUAUAAUAUGGUGCGGGAGAAAUGGGACGUCCGAACCUUGCUAGAAGUCUUCAGCCGAGAGUACAGUCACAAGGACUUCUGCCUGGCGCACCUCUUCACCGACCUGAAAUUCGAGGGUGGCAUUCUGGGUCUCGCCUACGUCGGCUCGCCAAGACGCAACAGCGUCGGUGGCAUCUGCACCCCCGAGUACUUCAAGAACGGCUACACGUUGUACCUGAACUCAGGCUUGAGCUCGAGUAGAAAUCACUACGGCCAGAGGGUGAUAACGAGGGAAGCGGACUUGGUGACGGCCCACGAGUUCGGUCACAAUUGGGGGUCCGAGCACGACCCCGACGUGUCCGAGUGCAGUCCAAGUGCUUCGCAGGGUGGUUCCUACCUCAUGUACACGUACAGCGUGAGUGGCUACGACGUCAACAACAAGAGGUUCUCCCCCUGCAGUUUGCGAUCGAUCAAGAAGGUGCUGCAGGCCAAGUCUGGGAGGUGUUUCUCAGAGCCUGAGGAGUCGUUCUGCGGGAAUUUGAGGGUCGAGGGAGACGAGGAGUGCGACGCAGGGCUGCUGGGGACCGAGGACAACGACGCCUGCUGCGACAAGAACUGCAAGUUGAGGAGGAGUCAGGGGGCGGUUUGCAGCGAUAAGAACUCCCCCUGCUGUCAGAACUGCGUGUUCAUGAGGCUCGGGGUCAAGUGCAGGGAUGCGCAGUACGCGACCUGCGAGCAGGAGUCGAGGUGCACGGGCACCUCCAGCGAGUGCCCCAAGUCUCCGGCCAUGAAGAAUGGCACUGCAUGCCUGGAGAGGGGCCAGUGCAGACUGGGAAAGUGUGUGCCCUACUGCGAGACGCAGGGCCUGCAGAGCUGCAUGUGCGACACCAUCGGGGACGCCUGCAAAAGGUGCUGCAGGAUGAGCCUCAAUGAGACUUGCUUUCCCAUCGAUCCUCCUGACAUCCUGCCUGAUGGGACCCCCUGCAUCCAGGGCUUCUGCAACAAAGGCAUCUGCGAGAAGACCAUUCAGGAUGUCGUGGAGAGGUUCUGGGACAUCAUCGAGGAUAUCAAUAUCAAUAAAGUCAUUAGGUUCCUGAAGGAUAAUAUCGUGGGGGCGGUCAUCAUUAGCACGGCUAUCGUCUGGAUCCCUGCGAGCUGCAUUGUCAGCUAUAUCGACAGCAGGAGGAUCAAGGAUAGUGAGAAGAAGUGGAAGUGGAAGAAUACCGAUGCUCUUAUUCAUCCGGAGGACAAGAGGAGGGUCAUUCAGGUGGGGUUACCUUUUAGAGGGAAUUUGGAACAGGGGUGAGGGGGGGAAGGUGUUCAAGCACGGAUGAAAAAAUUUAAUAGAGAAAAAAUUAGCGAAUUCGCUAGAAAAUUGUAUUCAAUUUCUGUAGAAUUUCCGCGACGCAAUUUUUCUUGAGAAGAAACGGAAAAUAGAAUGAAAAAAACUUGGAAAAUUUGAGCCGAGGAAAUUCGACAGAAAAUAUGUGAAGAGAAUAA